AUGCAGCGCCACCAUGUCUCCGCCGUGUCUUUUUUAAUCUUAUUCUUCUUCAGACUCAUGCUAGUAUGCGGUGAGGGACAACCUCAGAGCAGUGUCCUCGAUCGACAUUGGUAUCCAGGAACCGCCACCUGGUACGGCGACCCGGAAGGAGACGGUAGCACUGGAGGAGCAUGUGGGUAUGGUAGCUUGGUGAACGUGAAACCAUUCAGGGCAAGGGUAGGUGCAGUGGGGCCAGUAUUGUUCAUGAACGGGCAAGGGUGUGGUGCUUGCUAUAAGGUGAAGUGCUUGGACCCCAGCAUAUGUUCGAAGCGAGCCGUGACGGUUAUAAUUACCGAUGAGUGUCCUGGUUGCCCCUCCGACCGAACACACUUCGACCUUAGUGGCGCCGCCUUUGGCCACAUGGCUGUUGCUGGCGAGAACGGUCAACUCAGGAACCGAGGUGAAAUCCCAGUCAUUUACCGAAGAACAACAUGCGUGUAUCCUGGAAAAAAUAUUGCCUUCCUUGUUAAUGAAGGAUCCACACCUUAUUGGCUAUCACUUCUGGUGGUGUUUGAGAAUGGAGAUGGGGACAUUGCCUCCAUGCAUAUACAAGAGGCAGGGUCUAGUGAGUGGAUACAGAUGAAUCAUCUAUGGGGUGCAAAUUGGUGCAUUAAUGGUGGACCUUUAAGAGGGCCUUUCUCUGUGAAGCUAACCACAUCCACAGGAAGAAGCCUCACUGCCAAAGGUGUUAUUCCAAGCAAUUGGUCUCCAAAGGCCACUUAUACUUCUCGCUUAAAUUUCUUUCCUUAG